AUGGAUAAGAUACUUCCUGGGGCUCGUGCGAACUAUGAGUUCAAAAACUGGGCAGGUAUAUACUCUGCAAGACCUCAGCUGUACUUUCAGCCGUCGUCGAUAGAGGAAGUCGUCAAGAUAGUGAAUGCUGCGAGAAGGCUCAAUAAAACCAUUGUUACGGUUGGAUCUGGCCACUCUCCAAGCGACAUGUGUGUUACGAAAGAGUGGCUCAUGAAUCUAGACAAAAUGAACCAGGUGCACAGUCUUGUUGAGCACAAAGAUCAAAAAUUUGCAGAUGUGACGGUGGACGCGGGUUUGAGAGUAUAUCAACUCAGCGAAUACCUUCACAAGCACGGUUACGAUGUUCAAAAUCUAGGUUCCAUAUCGGAGCAGAGCGUUGGUGGAAUCAUCUCCACUGGGACGCACGGCUCUUCCCCAUACCAUGGUCUGGUAUCUUCUCAAUAUGUCAAUCUGACGCUGGUUAAUGGUCUUGGGGAAGUCGUGUAUCUCGACUCGCAAACCAAACCCGAGGUUUUCAGAGCGGCGUUGCUCUCUUUGGGCAAAAUUGGGAUUAUUGUGCGCGCCACGAUCAGGGUUGUCCCAUCUUUUAAGAUCAAAUCCACACUUGAAGUCGUCAAUUUCGACACUUUGUUGAAACAGUGGGAUACUAUUUGGACGUCAAGUGAGUUUAUCAGAUGCUGGUGGUUCCCUUACACUAGAAAAUGUAUUCUAUGGAGAGGCACUAAGACAUCUGAUUCCGUGCUCACAAAGACGAGAAAGUCAUGGUGGGGAACCACUUUAGGCCGUGGGUUUUAUGAGCUUUUGUUGUGGAUAUCGGUAAAGAUUUAUCCGGCCUUCACUCCUUUUGUGGAGAAGUUCGUGUUUCACAGACAAUACGGCAAGGCAGAAACAAUCGGAUUUGGUGACAUCGCAGUUCAAAAUUCAAUUGAUGGACUCAACAUGGACUGUCUAUUCUCGCAAUUCGUGGAUGAGUGGGGGUGUCCGCUAAGCAACGGUCCCGAGGUACUGUGCUCCUUGGACCGUUCCAUCGCUCAGGCCGCUCAUAAUCGUGACUUUUACGUUCACGUCCCCAUCGAAGUUCGUUGUUCAAAUACCAAUUUACCAGAGAAGAUUCCCGACUAUAGCGAUCGAACAAAAUUGAGCUGUGGUGCCGUCUACGGUAACGUGUUGCGCCCAUACUUAGAUGCUACCCCUCGUGGGUUGCGCUACGUUCCAAUGGGAGAUGUUACGAACAGUCAACUCACUUUGUACAUCAAUGCCACGAUUUAUAGACCUUUCGGAUGCAACACUCCAAUCCACAAAUGGUUCACCUUAUUCGAGAAUACAAUGUCAGCUGCGGGCGGAAAACCACACUGGGCUAAAAACUUUUUGGGCUCUACGGAGAUGGCUGCUGGCCCCACAAAGGCCGAGCACAGCUACGAGGACCACGAAAUGCGGGGUAUGGCUACCAAAAUAGCUGAAUGGUACGGGGACGAUCUUGCGUCCUUCCAGGAGAUCAGACGUCAACAGGACCCGGAGAAUAUUUUCCUGGCAAACAAAGACUGGGCGAUGAAAAACGGGAUUGUCGAUAUCAAUGAGGUCCAAUAG